AUGGGGAAAAUCCGUGGCCAAGAGGCCAACAAAGCCUCUCGCAGCGGUUUGUUGGACCGGGUGAAAGCAUAUUUCAGGCAUCAACCUAUUGCCCCCACGACCGCCACAGACAACCCGAAUACAACACUGCCUGAUCCUCGUGCAACUGAUCCCACUUCAUCAGACUCGCCGCCAAUUGAUGCGCACACCGUUGAUGAGCCUCCGCAACCCUCAACUGCAAUAGUCUCCCCUACACCUAGCCCUGAUGAUGAAGACCCCGGCCUAUCCAGUUCGACAAUACUCGUGGUGGACACGGGUGACGAGCUUCCGUCGGAUUGUUUGCCUCAGUCUUCAGAAGAUAACACAUUGUGGCAGAAAGCCUACAAUGCUGCGACUCCAAAGACGAAAAAAUGGAUUGGCGGGCUUUUGAAGCCAAAUGGCAUGUUGAAGUCAGCUGAGACUGCACAGACAGAGGAGCUCAUUGAGAUUGUUCGAGCUAUAGAAAAAAGGCACCAAGAUCAUGAUCUUCGGAUUCCAAUAGGGGGGAAACAGAUCCUUUGGAGAGAUUAUGCGCCUCGAGUCAGGUCUUUCAUCGAAGCGAUUGGAGAUAUUGCUAUCCAGUUCGCUCCUGCUCCAUCAAGAAUCAUUUGGUCCACAUUGAAGACACUUCUGCAGAUGUCCAUCGCACCGGGUGAGGAAUUUGCCGCUAUUCUAGGAUGCUCCGAAAAGGUUUUGAGCAUCGUAAGACGUGGAAAGGUGUACGAGGUUAUAUAUUUGAAUAGUGCCAACACUUUCGUUCCGGAACAGGAAGAUUUGGAGCGCUCGCUUAUUGAUGUGUACACAAAAUCACUCGACCUACUUGCCUAUGUGGGACAGCGCCUGGCGGAAGGAUAUCGGCAUAUACUUCUCGCGAUUGUCAACCCUGGCGAGGCAGAAGGUCUAAUGGCUAGCAUAAUCCAGUGUGAGGACGACCUGAUCAAAGCAGCUCAGACCUGCGAGGCCAUACGAAGAGCUAACGCGGAUGAACUGACUUGGGGAAAUGAACUUCUUGAGGCCUUGGAAUAUUUUAGUCACAUCGACUUCGGAGAUCAGCAUCGCGUAAGGCAUGAAUUGAGAACCCCAGGAACCGGGGAAUGGCUAUUGCAACAUAAGAAAUUUCAAGAAUGGGAGCAAGUCCCAGCGUCAACAAUAUUGUGGCUGCAAGGUACUGUGGGUAUGGGGAAAUCGUUCCUCGCAUCCAAAGUCAUAGAUCGAUUUCGUCGCCAACCUGACCUUCAAGACCCCCUUUUAACACUUCAAAGCUUUGUUCGCCAGCUAUCAACUUCUCCACGCUAUUCGAAGAUGAUGAGAAAAAGUCUUAUCGAGUUGUACCGUGAUAACAGAGCGAAUGGCUUAAAACUGGGAUUUGACGCCUGUAAACAGCAACUUUUAGAAUCGGUGAACCUCUACCCCCAAACUAUCAUUAUUCUGGAUGGUUUGGACGAGUGCGAUGCAGAAUCGAGGGGUAAACUUAUCACCAUUUUGGCUGGUCUCGUCAAGGAUGCUGAGCAUCCUGUGAAGAUUCUCAUUUCAAGUCGACGGGAACAGGAUAUCGUGAGAUUACUCCCAGUUAGAUCAAUCAUCGAGAUUGAUGCCAAUGAUAAUCGGGAUGAUAUUGAGAAAUUCAUUGAGAAAAAGAUGGAGGAGAUAGAAGAGAGGGGGUUAUGGGAAUCAAUCCCGAGAGAGCUAAAGUCAGAAAUUAAAAACACUCUUUGCAAAGGUAGUGAUGGCAUGUUCAGAUGGGCUUUUCUCCAAAUGGAGCAACUAUCGAAAUGCCAACAAGUGAAAGAAAUUAGAGACAGGCUUGGAAAACUUCCAAAGUCUCUAAACGCCUCUUACCAUGAACUCUUUGAAGGAAUGAGCAUCUACGACCAAGAAACGCUACGGCGUGCUGUUAUGUGGGUGAUGUGUGCUUACCAACCUUUAUCAAGCAAUCAGUUGCUUUCUGCUGUUCGGCUCUCCAUGAACAGUGACGGAGAGAGCCAUGAUAUAGAAGAUGAACUUACAGAGGAGACUCUUCGCUCAAUCUGCCGCCACCUGGUUGUUACAGAUUCCAAGCGAGAUGUAUGGAAGUUCCCGCAUGCAUCGAUCAUUGAAUACUUUGAGACAAAGCAUGAAUGGACAAUGGCGAAAGCACAUUCAUUUGUUGCCAAGCACGCUUUAAUCUGUCUUAUCAACGGCCAUUUUAAGUGUGAGUCGCCCACAGACUCUGAAGGAAUCGAUCAAGUAUCAUCAAGCAACAAAAGGGAUCCUCAUCACCCGGCCAGCUAUCUUCAAGAGUAUUUGUGGCAAUAUUGGUAUCGACAUGUUCACGCCCUUGAAGAUUUGAGGCCUCAUGACGCUCAAUUGUCACGGUUGGUAAAGCGUUUCAUAGGUCUCAACAGCUCUCCUCAACAGAGCAGCCAGCAGUACCGCCACUGGAUUGUCAAACAUUUAUUUGACAUAAGAAAAUCCUGCGAUCUUUUCCCCUUGGAUAAUGGAAUUUUUGGUGCCUGCAAUUUCGGCUUCUAUCAUAUUUUACAGGACUGGUGGUCAGCUGGUGUCGAUAUCUCACAAGUCAAUGAAAAUGGACUAGACUUGCUUGCAAUCGCGGCAGGCAAUGGACACAAACACCUUUGCGAGAAGCUGAUAAGCCUUGGAGCAGAUGUCAACAGGCUGCUCUGCAACGGGACGACAAGCGCCUUGAGAGAAGCAGAUCGAGCAAAACAUGUCGAUGUGGUAAACUUCCUUCUUGACAAUAAUGCCGACCCAAAUCUACAAUACCUUCAGGCUUCCCCGUCCUCUAUACGAGCUCAAGCCAUGAUCUGGUAA